GCCCCUGCCGGCCGGCGCCCCCUUUGCGGGGUCAGCUCGGGGGGCCGGACCGCGCUCUAGAUGGGAUAAGCUGUAAACAUGUUUAGCUUUGAAGGGGAUUUCAAAACAAGGCCCAAGGUGUCUCUCGGAGGAGCGAGUAGGAAGGAAGAAAAGGCUUCUCUCCUGCAUCGUACUCAGGAAGAAAGGAGAAAACGAGAGGAAGAAAGGCGGAGGCUGAAAAAUGCAAUAAUAAUCCAGUCAUUUGUAAGAGGGUACAGAGACAGAAAACAUCAAUAUUCUAUCCAAAGAAGUGAAUUUGAUCGCUGUGCUGAUUUGGCCCAAUCUGGAGGAACCUUUUCCACUGCUAAUGGAGCUAAUUUGACUCUUCUGGUUCGUCAGUUACUCUUUUUCUAUAGACAGAAUGAGGAUUCUAAGCGUUUGGUAUGGAUGUGUCAGAAUUUAAUUAAACAGAGUUCUCAGUUUGUUAAGCAAUUGGAUGGUCCGGACAGACUUACUUGCUUAUUCCAAAUAAAAAGACUGUUGGGGCUGUGUUGCAGGCUAUUGCAAAAUUGCAAUGAUGACAGUCUGAAUGUUGCACUUCCUAUGAGAAUGCUUGAGGUAUUUUCAUCUGAGAAUACGUAUUUGCCUGUUUUACAAGAUGUCAGCUAUGUGACAUCAUUAAUUGAACAAAUUUUGCACUACAUGAUUCAAAAAGGCUACUACAAGUCGCUUUAUUUGUUAAUUAACAAUAAGCUUCCCUCGAGUAUUGAGUAUUCUGAUGUUUCUCGAGUCCCUAUUGCAAAAAUACUUCUGGAGAAUGUUCUGAAGCCAUUGCACUUUACAUAUAGCUCCUGUCCAGAAGGUGCAAGGCAGCAGAUUUUUGCAGCCUUCACAGAGGAGUUUCUGGCAGCACCUUUUACAGAUCAGAUAUUCCAUUUCAUCAUUCCAGCGCUUGCUGAUGUGCAGACCAUUUUCCCUUAUGAACUCUUUCUGAAUGCACUAUUAUUAGCAGAAAGUGGAUGUUCAAGGAGAAGUGAUCAAGCCCCAUGGCUUUUUUACUUUGUGUUAACAGUUGGAGAAACAUAUUUGGGAUCCCUUUCAGAGGAAGGACUUCUUGUGUAUUUGAGGGUACUCCAGACUUUUCUCUCUCAGCUGCCUGUGUCUGCUGCUGGUACAAAUUGUCAAGAUGCAAACAGUGAUUCUGAAGAUGAGGAUGAAGAGAUCAGUAAAAUGACAACUACACCAGGUGAUGGGAGAAUAUCAGUUCAGUACAUAACUGAGGAGUGUCUAAAGAAAUUGGAUACAAAGCAGCAGACAAACACUCUACUGAAUAUGGUUUGGAGAGAUUCAGCUAGUGAAGAGGUCUUUACCCUGAUGGCAUCAAUCUGCCACACGCUAAUGGUACAACACCGAAUGAUGGUGCCAAAAGUCAGGCUUCUUUAUAGUUUAGCCUUUAAUGCCAGAUUCCUGAGGCAUCUGUGGUAUCUGAUAUCUUCAAUGACUACACGAAUGAUUACAGGGUCUAUGGUGCCACUCCUUCAAGUGAUUUCAAGAGGCUCUCCAAUGUCUUUAGAAGACUCUAGUCGAAUUAUCCCUCUCUUCUACCUUUUUAGUUCUUUGUUUAGUCAUUCACUUAUUUCUAUUCAUGAUAAUGAAUUCUUUGGUGAUCCAAUAGAAGUUGUAGGUCAAAGACAAUCAUCAAUGAUGCCUUUUACACUAGAAGAGCUUGUAAUAUUAUCACGCUGCCUUCGAGAUGCAUGUUUAGGAAUCAUAAAGUUGGCUUACCCAGAAACAAAACCAGAGGUUCGUGAGGAAUAUAUUGCAGCAUUUCGAAGUGUUGGAGUAACAAAAAAUACGGAAAUGCAGCAAUGUAUACAGACGGAACAAAAAAGGUGGAUUCAGUUAUUCAAGGUCAUCACAAACUUAGUGAAAAUGUUGAAAUCUAGAGAUACAAGGAGAAAUUUCUGCCCACCAAAUCACUGGCUCUCAGAACAAGAAAACAUUAAAGCAGAUAAGGUUACACAGCUGUAUGUGCCAUCUGCUAGACAUGUCUGGAGAGUCAGAAGAAUGGGAAGAAUAGGACCAUUGCAAUCUACUUUGGAUGUGGGUUUGGAACCAGCACCUCUUUCUGUAUCUGAAGAACGACAACUUGCAAUUCUGACUGAGCUACCUUUUGUAGUUCCUUUUGAAGAAAGAGUAAAGAUUUUUCAAAGACUCAUCUAUGCUGAUAAACAAGAAGUUCAAGGAGAUGGGCCAUUUUUGGAUGGAAUUAAUGUCACUAUCAGAAGAAAUUAUAUUUAUGAAGAUGCUUAUGAUAAACUUUCUCCUGAAAAUGAACCUGACCUAAAAAAGCGCAUUCGUGUUCACUUACUUAAUGCACAUGGUCUUGAUGAAGCUGGUAUUGAUGGUGGUGGAAUUUUCAGAGAAUUUCUGAAUGAACUACUUAAAUCAGGAUUUAACCCUAACCAGGGAUUUUUUAAGACCACCAAUGAGGGACUUCUUUACCCUAACCCUGCUGCACAGAUGCUCGUUGGAGACUCUUACGCCCGACAUUACUACUUUCUUGGAAGAAUGCUUGGCAAGGCUCUUUAUGAAAAUAUGCUGGUGGAGCUGCCAUUUGCUAGUUUUUUCCUCUCAAAAUUACUGGGGACAAGUGCUGAUGUUGACAUUCAUCAUUUAGCUUCAUUAGAUCCAGAAAUGUACAAAAAUUUGCUUUUUCUCAAGAGCUAUGAAGGGGAUGUGGAAGAACUUGGACUAAACUUCACUGUGGUAAAUAAUGACCUUGGGGAAGCACAGGUGGUUGAGCUGAAGCCAGGUGGAAAAGAUAUUCCCGUUACCAGCGCUAACCGAAUCGCAUACAUCCAUCUGGUGGCAGACUACAGGUUAAACAAACAAAUUCGACAGCAUUGCCUUGCUUUCCGUCAGGGACUGGCCAAUGUUGUGAAUCUUGAAUGGCUUCGAAUGUUUGAUCAACAGGAAAUACAGGUUCUGAUUUCUGGUGCCCAGGUUCCUAUUAAUUUGGAUGACCUUAAAUCUUUCACAAACUAUUCAGGUGGCUACACAGCAGACCAUCCUGUGAUUAAAAUAUUCUGGAGAGUUGUAGAAAGCUUCACUGAUGAAGAGAAACGCAAACUACUCAAGUUUGUAACAAGCUGCUCUCGACCACCUCUUCUAGGGUUUAAGGAGUUAUAUCCUGCAUUUUGCAUUCACAAUGGAGGAUCUGAUUUAGACAGGCUACCUACUGCCAGUACCUGCAUGAACUUGCUGAAGCUUCCUGAGUUUUAUGACGAAAAUCUUAUGCGAAGCAAGCUUCUUUAUGCCAUUGAAUGUGCUGCUGGAUUUGAAUUAAGCUGAGUCAAACUGAUGCUUAUUUGGAUGAUCUGCAGAGGAACUAACCAGUGCCUACUCUAUAAGCAGCACCCAUACCCAAGCAGUUUUAAGAGAAUUCUGUCUAGAUUUCUGCAGCUCUUGUGUCUUAUCAAAUGCCCUCAAAUAGGUUUCAUUUUUAAACACAAUUUCUUAGUUAGCUUUCAUUAAUGAAUAUUACAUUGACACUGCUUUAUGAUUCAAAACAAUGAGUGCCGUGUGCAGUGUGGCUGUUUUCUGUAUUUAUGCGAAGAAAGAGCACAUUUAAAGAACAGUGACAUCUCAGUGAAAUUAACCAAAGAUGAAGCUUUGGCUUUGUGCUGUUCAAACAUAAGUAAUUUCACAAACUGGCAAUAAAGUUGUGUACCAUGCAGCGCACUGGGAUGAGACAGGGCUAACAUCCUGUAAUUAAUCUUUUAGAUGGAAGUGAAGCAGAUGUUUGCAGAUAUCCCAGAACUGAGAGGAUGAAAAUGCUCACGACCGAUAACCUAACAUCUUUACUUACGUUGUAGAAUUGUUUACAAAUCACAGUUGUUGUAGAACUGAUUUUGUUUUAUACUACCUUCCCUCAAGAUGGUAGGCACUGAGAUAAAACGUUUAUAAUGUUCCAUUUGUGCUUUCUGAAAUACCUUGGAGAAAUCGGAUUUGCUUUAUUUUAAGUUCAACCUUUGGCUGCGUCAUUAUCACUUGAACACUGUCGUGAAUGGAUGUGACUAUCCAUGUUUUCUUUGUUCUGUUUCUGUCUUUUGUGCCUGUACAGAUUCUUUUUUUUUUAAUGUAUCAGACUCCUAUUGCAUACACAGUACAUACAAAAGUCAUCACUUUGGAAAAAUAUACAUGUAACAACUAUUAAAAUUAUUUGAACCAAA